GUUCGUAGUUGAGGAAUUUUACUUUAUUUAAAUUAGGUCCAUAAUUUGAUUUUAAUAUCAAUUAAAACUUUGUGUGUGACAACUGACGACCUAUUUCUUCUUUCUCACAAAUAUUAAGUCUAUAAAUUCUUUCUGUCCAAAGAGCUUAAAAAUCACUAAGUUCAUUUCAUUCAUUCAUCAUUCAUUCGAUAACCGCCAUCCUUGUUUUGUUUUGAUUGUGUCGUUACUCGUUAUUUUGUAAAACUUAAAUUAGGUAAUUUAACUGUUUAUUUAAUGUGUUAUCCUUGAGAAUGGCUAAUUUAGGAGUGACUAUGUGGUCACGUGAAGUGAAUGUUAACAGAAAUGUUACAGGAGAUCCCCUUGCAAUUAUUUACAAUGAAAAUCAAUGGAAACUGAAUAAAGUAUCACCUUUGUACAACUUACAAUAUACGGCAUUGAAACUUAAACAGUAUGGAACAAAAAUUCGUCAAUCCCUUGUCGGCGCUAUUACGUCCAAUUCCUCAAUCAAAUAUGUUGUUCAGAUUGAAGAGCAGCCCUUAUUAAAAUAUUCUGCUGAAGACUCGAAUGGUUUGAUGAUUACAGUAUCAUCAGGAACAGAAAAUAGUACUAAGCCUAAAAUUGCAUACAUUGCUAUUUUACUAUCUUGGGGUGUGAGUAUUUCUCUGAAUGGAGCUAUGCAUCUGCCUUAUAUGCUAGAAAAAGGAGAACAACGAGUGGGUGCAGCAGUCAAAUCUACCUUACAAGCUAUCUUUGACUGUAACAUUCAGCCCUUCAAUUUUACCCAGCAUCAACUACUGCAGUUUGGUUUUAAUUUCGUGGAGAAUGAUACAUCUCGAAGCUCCGACCCAUUCAUCCUCAGCUAUAAGACACCACAAGUUGAACAAAAGGAUAAAUUGAACUUGACAUUUGAUGUGGGAGAUGUUCAUAUUAUAUGGAAUGGAAUAAGAGAAGAAUCAGCCAAGAGAUCAGAGCUAGUGAACCUAGCAUACCAGAUUCUCCAAAACCAAAUUUUCCACAUGAUUAUGCUGGAUGUGACAGUUUUUGACCUUUCUGGUAUUACAUUGCCGAAGGCAGAAGUAAAGAGCACUGGCAUUGUGAAGAUGAAGACUCCAGAAGUAGUGAAUAGUGUAUUCAUGGUUUUAAAUGAAAUCAGUAAUGUUAUGGACUUUGAUAAAGAAGAAAGCAAUGUUUCAACUUAGAUAUUACAAAGUUUCAAUAUUUUUAUUGUUUUCAUCACAAUUUCGUGUUAAAAUUAUUGUUUACAUACAUAAAAUAUCAUCUUUAUUCCUUAUAAAGUAGACAGAGACUGUUCAUCUGUAUGCUGCUGCUGACGGAAUUGAGAUUCAAAUAGUGACAGUUUGUUAGCACUGCCUGUAAAUUAUUCUUUACUGCAAUUGAUUUUAAGGGUUGCAAUAAGCUUAAAACUUUAACUACAUAUAUAAAUCUUACACCUGACUGAUAAAAAAAAUAAGGAGAAAAUUGUUCAUAAAUCCAUCCAAUAGUGACAUGAUUAACAUUUUAUAAACAAAAUAAAAAAAAAUUUCAUUGGUUUUAACAUUUAAUGAAUUACACCUUACAAAUGUGUUUGCAUAUUGUAACCUUACAAAAUAUUUUAUCAUAUUACAAUGUGCUAAACUUAAAAAUAACCUAUUUGUAAUCAUGUCUUUCAUUACCUUGCAAGCAUUCCCUUUAGAUUACAAUUCCAAUCUGAAAGACCUGGGUAAGUUCAAUCCAUGUUUUUCUUGUGCAAAUAAAUUUAAAUAGGCCAUCACCUAAAGCAUAAACUGCAUUAUUAUAAAGAUUUGUAUUAAGUGAAAGGAUAAUCUUACAAUGCAAGGUAUAAAAGGUCCGAGGUAACAAAAUAAUCACAUUUUCAGAAGUUAAAAUAAUAAAAUAUAUUUUAUAUACUUUGUUAACAUAAAUUUUCCAUUUUUACAGAGAUCUCAAUUAAAAAACUUUAAAACGGUAAAAUAUUUUCUUUAAAUACUUGAUUUAUUGAUGUAUACAAGCAAAAUGUAUCAAUGCUCAACCAUUCUCUUCCCUCUGUUUCCAUAUAGAUCGACAAAAAUAAAAUUAGAAUUAAACAACAUCAAUAUUUUAUGUACUAUGUGAUUGAUACAGACAUGCAUGUACAUCGAAAUAAAUGCCCAAUGAGAAAAACUGCGAAACAAUUUGACACUAAUUUACAUACACACAAAAUACAAGAGCUUCAUUUGUGAAGGAUCUAUCAUAUACAUAACAUACUGCUAUGUCACCCACGUAAGUAAAGAUACCAUGAAAGAACCAUUUAAUCAUGGAUAAUCAAGUUUAUACUGCAAACAGCUUUUGUCCUCCAUGGUACCCUACCUUGGUCAAAAGUAACCUUAAUUUAUACUAAUUAGGGUCAUGCUGUAUGAGUAUGAACCGGUGUUCUAACGCGUAAGGAUGUUAUCUAAUUAUUAAAGUUUUAAUGCCACUAUAUAUGUAAUGGGAUUAAAAUUAUGAAAAUGAUGCCCAAGU